GUCGGCGUUGGUCGCAACUUUUGAGUUCACUGGAAGUUACUGUAGCGCCGCUAAUUAUUUAAUUUGUAGUUCAGCAACAAUGAGUUCAGUUGAGAGUUUGAGAGAGUUUGUCAGCGAGCGACUAACUGCUGCUGCUGAAGAAAUAUUCAGAGUUUUUAAAAACACUAUCGUCGAGUACGAGAAAGAGAUCGAUCGUCAGCGCAGACUGCUGGAUAUCGUUUGGAAACCCGAAAUAAAGUUACACAGGAUAGAGCUCCCACAGCAACAUGUCUGUAAGGAGGAGGAGGUUCUGGCUGACCAGCAGCUCUGGAUUCAGGAGAGGAUCCCCGGUCUGGACCAGGAGGACCCACAGCAACAUGUCUGUAAGGAGGAAGAGGUUCUGGCUGACCAGCAGCUCUGGAUUCAGGAGAGGAUCCCCGGUCUGGACCAGGAGGACCCACAGCCUCCACAGGUUAAAGAAGAACAGGAGGAAUUCUGGACCAGUCAGGAGGGAGAGCAGCUUGUAGUGAAGCAGGAGACUGACACCUUUAUGUUGAGUCCUGCUCAUGAGGAAAGUGACCACAGUGAAGCAGAACUGAAAAGUGACCACCAGCUCCUCUCUCACAGCUGUCAUGUAGCUGAGAGCCAAGAUCAGAAAGGAGGCGAGCAUGAAGACUCAGGAUCAACUAGAGAUGCAGAGCCAAAACAAAAGAAUCAAGAUCACAACAGCAGAAGCCCCAGAAACAAUGUACACAAGUCUACCAUGUCAGAGGUUCACCAUGAUCCUCACACAGAGCUCCCACAGCAACAUGUCUGUAAGGAGGAGGAGGUUCUGGCUGGUCUGGACCAGGAGGACCCACAGCCUCCACAGGUUAAAGAGGAACAGGAGGAAUUCUGGACCAGUCAGGAGGGAGAGCAGCUUGUAGUGAAGCAGGAGACUGACACCUUUAUGUUGAGUUCUACUCAUGAGGAAAGUGACCACAGUGAAGCAGAACUGAAAAGUGACCACCAGCUCCUCUCUCACAGCUGUCCUGUAGCUGAGAGCCAAGAUCAGAAAGGAGGCGAGCAUGAAGACUCAGGAUCAACUAGAGAUCCAGAGCCAAAACAAAAGAAUCAAGAUCACAACAAGAGAAGCCCCAGAAACAAUGUACACAAGUCUACCAUGUCAGAGGUUCUCCAUGAUCCUCACACAGGUAAAAACUCUUUCACAUGUGACACAUGUGGAAAAGGUUUCCAGAACAAGUCGUUUUUGAGACGCACUUGAGAACCCACACAGGUGAGAAGCUGUAUUCUUGCAAAACAUGUGGGAAAUCUUUUAGCCGGAGCGGAGAGUUGAAACGCCACAUGAGAACCCACACAGGUGAGAAGCCGUAUUCUUGCAAAACAUGUGGGAAAUCUUUUAGCCGAAGUUG